GUCAAGAAACCCACACUCUGACACUCUCCUCUCUCGGCUGUGCGACUGGUCUGGUGCUCUCUCUACGCCCUGUGCAAGAACCCUAAUCCCUCAUUCAUUUUUCGUAUUCAAAAGAUUUUGGCGAAUGUUUUUGAUCUGCAUGUUAUUUGGCAACCAAUCCUCUUGUAGCGUAGCGAUCAGCGGGACUGCGUGACUGGAAGGAAGGGAGCAUCGGAUUCAGUUGAUGUGAAAAUGGGGCAAAUGUUGAUCUUCGCAGACCUUCAAUUUACUGGCGAUGUUUGUUAUCUAGAACUCUCAUUUUUGUUUCGGGACAAAAUGAAGCUUAGAGAUGUAAAACUACUUCUAGGGUUCGAUGCCAUACACUUCUAGUUGAAUGCUUCCAUCCAGCAGCGCCUCCCCAUUCUCAGAUAAACUGCGAUUUUUUCUAAUUUUGUUUUUUGAUAUACAAUAUAAUUGGGAAAUAGUUGGAAUCGUAUCUUGUUUCUCAUUUUCAAAUUCUUUAUUUAUUAUUUUCCUUAUAUUUGUCAAUAUGCUGAUUUCACUUGGCAUUUUCUAUAUUUCUGUUCCCCUAUUCUCGUCUUCAAUUGCCACAGUUGAAUGGAAAUGGAUCGGUGUUCAGAGGAAUUUGAGAUAAGUGACUCGGAUAUUCCAGAUUAUGAGGAGAAACUUUACAGACAUCUCCAACAAGGACAUUUUAUAGUUAGAAACACUAAUGGAACAUUUCGAUGCCCAUUCUGUCCUGGUAAAAAGAAGCAGGAUUAUGCAUAUAAUGAGUUGCUUCAGCAUGCUACCGGGAUUGGUGCAUCCAACCGGAAUGGUAAUGUGAAGGCAAAACAUCGUGCCUUGGCAAAAUAUUUGAACGAAGAUAUGGUAGACCAUGCAGCUUCCUCACAGGCAGUUGUUUUACAGCCAAAAAGUUCUAAAAGAAAAGCAAAUGAGCAAUAUGUUUUUCCAUGGAUGGGAAUUAUUGUUAAUGUUCAAACUGAGUACAAGAAUGGGCAAUAUGUAGGUGAAAGUGGAAACAGACUGAAGGAACAACUUUCCAGAUUUCAUCCUUUAAAAGUGUUUUCUUUGUGGAAUUUCAGAGGACACACAGGAAAUGCCAUUGUGGAUUUUUCAAAAGAUUGGAAUGGUUUUAGGGAUGCAAUGGCUUUUGAAAAUCAUUUUGAAGCAGAACAUUAUGGGGAAAAAAACUGGUUAGAGAAUAAAGAUAGGGGUUCAGAAAUUUAUGGUUGGAUGGCAAGGGCAGAUGAUUACAAUAAUCCUGGUCCUAUUGGUGAUCAUCUAAGGAAAAAUGGAGAUUUGAAAACUGUUGAUGACAUUGCUAAUGAAGAAUCACGCAAAACAAAUAGUCUUGUUGCAAAUUUGGCUAGCGAAAUUGAAGUGAAAAACAAACUUUUAUUAGAGUCAGAAUGCAAAAAUACUGAAACUACUUUGUCAUUGGAUAAAAUGAUGGAGGAAAGGGAUUCAUUGGUCCAUAUUUAUAAUGAAGAAAUUAAAAAGAUGCAGCAACUUGCUCGUGAUCAUUCGCGUAAGAUAAUUGUGGAGAAUGAAAAGCUACGAUCAGAGUUGGACUCCAAAAGGCAAGAACUUGAAGUUGGACGCAAACAACUUGAUGAGCUAGUUGCUAAGAAUGAUACUGACAAAAGGAAACUUGAUGCGGAUAAGAAAAAGAACGAAAUGAAGAAUAGUUCACUUGAAUUGGCAACAAUGUCAAAAAAGAAGGCUGAUGAAGAAGUACUUAGGCUUCUUGAAGUUCAUCAGAAGGAAAAGGAGACUGCGGUGAAUAAAAUACUUCAUCUCGAAAGGCAACUCGACCAGAAGCAGAAGCUGGAACUAGAAAUACAACAAAUGCAGGGGCAACUUAAAAUUAUGAAGCAUAUAGAAGGAGAGGAUGAUGCGGCAAUGAAGAAGAAAAUUGAUGAUAUGACAGAGCAACUGAGAGAAAAAGUGGAAGAAAUGGAAGGGUUGGAGGAUCUGAACCAGACUCUCAUUGUCAAAGAGCGCCAGAGUAAUGAUGAACUUCAAGAUGCUCGGAAAGAGCUGAUUAAUGGCCUGAAAGACAUUGGUACCGUGCGUGCUACUAUUGGCAUCAAGAGGAUGGGUGAACUUGACAUGAAACAAUUCUUACCUAUAUGCAAGCAGAAAUUUGGAAAAGAUGAAGCCGAGUCCUCCUCUGCAUUGUACUGCUCACAUUGGCAGGACGAAUUGCGAAAGCCAAGCUGGCAUCCUUUUAAAGUUAUUACGACAGAAGGGAUAUGUAAGGAGAUCAUACAAGAGGAUGAUGAAAAGUUACAAGUUCUAAAAGAAGAUCUGGGCGAAGAAAUUUUCAACGUUGUAACCACAGCUUUACUUGAGAUGAACGAGUAUAAUCCGAGUGGUAGGUAUCCUAUUCCCGAGCUGUGGAACUUCAAAGAGAACAAAAAAGCUAAACUACAAGAAGGAAUACAGUACAUACUGAAGCAAUGGAAGACCCACAAGCGGAAGCGAUGAAUGCUAACAAUUGACAGACAAACAAAAACUUUCCUGCUAGAACUUGUGCAAAUAUCCCUUAGUUUUGUGAACUGUCUGACAUUUCUAGAAUCUGAGUAGUGAUCUUGAUCUUUUAUUA